UCUCAUCAACAAUACAAACGUCCUCUACGACGGCCACCUACACGUUGGGCGGACGUAUCGCGGUAUGAAACUCGCACGCGCCGCCAUACGCGAAUAAAACCACCACCAUGGACGACAAUUGCGAGGGAACGAAACGAAUGGCAAACGUGCUGGGUCUGCACAACUCGUGAGGACGGACCAUCCAAGUAUCCAAGUAAGUAUACCACUACUGUUGUAUUUCACAUCUCGCUCACCAUAUUACGCCACCACCCUAUAGCAGAGCUACCAUCUUCUCUCAAUUGUCACCCCUCGCAAAUCAUCUUGACAUCGGUUAUUCAUUGCACAAUAGAAAACUCAACCAGCUGCGUUAUUUAUCACGUACUACAGAUGCUUAAAGUGAGAAAUUUUCAACGCAGGCGUCGUGUUCUGGGUGCCGGGCUGCGAUGUACAGCGGGAAAAUUCAUCCGUCCAGCAGAGCCUUCCAAGCUUAGGAGCUCGGUGUUUCCAACAGGAAGCCCAGAUAAGAGCAAAUCAGUACCGGGAUACACCAUUGUCUUCGUACAAAUCUAG